GCCACCCUUUCUCUCUCUAGAAAAAAGAGGAAGAAUUAAAUUACAGAUGGGACUCGCAGGAGGUUAGGUUAAACUAAAUUAAAUUAAGGUAAAUAAAAGUCGUCCCUCCUCUCCUCAGUCCACCCUUUCUCUCUCUAGAAAAAAAGGAAGGAAAACGCAAAAGAAAAUAAAGUCCCAUCUCUCUCUCGAUCAUCCCGUCAAGUCUCCGUCUCUCUCCCUCGCCAUUCCUGCUCCAAAUUCACACUCAGAUCUCCAUCGUUUUCUCUUAGAUCUAACCGUCAUCGUUCUAUCAAAGAGAGACGAUUUCGAAGAAAAACUGAGAACUAAAAAGAGGAACCCUCUCUAAUUGUUGGAUCUGAGAGGGAAAUGGCGUUAUCAGGCAUGAGAGGUCUCUCUGUCUUUAUAAGCGAUAUUCGAAAUUGUCAAAACAAAGAGCAAGAAAGGCUUCGCGUCGAUAAAGAGCUUGGCAAUAUCCGCACUCGUUUCAAAAGCGAAAAGGGUUUGACUCAUUAUGAAAAGAAGAAAUAUGUUUGGAAAAUGCUUUACAUUCACAUGCUAGGCUAUGAUGUAGAUUUUGGUCACAUGGAAGCUGUUUCCUUAAUAUCUGCGCCGAAGUACCCUGAAAAGCAGGUUGGGUACAUAGUGACAUCAUCUUUGCUAAAUGAGAACCAUGAUUUUCUGAGAUUAGCAAUAAAUACAGUGCGCAAUGAUAUUAUUGGUCGGAAUGAAACUUUUCAGUGCCUGGCUUUGACUAUGGUUGGGAAUAUUGGUGGAAGAGAAUUUGCUGAAUCUUUGGCACCAGAUGUUCAAAAGUUACUCAUUUCUAGUAGCUGCAGGCCGCUUGUGAGAAAGAAGGCUGCAUUAUGUUUGCUGCGCUUGUACAGAAAAAAUCCAGAUGUCGUCAAUAUUGAUGGCUGGGCGGAUCGGAUGGCACAACUGCUAGAUGAACGUGAUCUUGGUGUUUUGACGUCUUCUACGAGCCUUCUUGUUGCUUUAGUGUCAAAUAACCAUGAGGCAUACUGGAGUUGUCUACCAAAGUGUGUUAAGAUAUUGGAGCGACUUGCGAGGAACCAAGAUAUCCCACAAGAAUACACUUAUUAUGGUAUCCCAUCUCCUUGGCUUCAGGUUAAGGCAAUGAGGGCGCUUCAGUACUUUCCAACUAUUGAAGAUCCUAAUGUUAGAAGAUCCUUGUUUGAGGUCUUACAGCGGAUACUAAUGGGAACUGAUGUUGUAAAAAAUGUAAAUAAGAACAAUGCAUCACAUGCUGUUCUCUUUGAAGCCCUUGCUCUUGUAAUGCAUCUUGAUGCUGAAAAGGAGAUGAUGUCUCAGUGUGUUGCCCUUCUUGGCAAGUUUAUUGCUGUACGUGAACCAAAUAUCCGAUAUCUUGGCUUGGAGAAUAUGAGUCGGAUGUUGAUGGUUACAGAUGUGCAAGAUAUCAUUAAAAGACAUCAGGCUCAGAUCAUUACCUCGUUGAAAGAUCCUGACAUCAGUAUCCGUCGACGUGCUCUUGAUUUACUCUAUGGUAUGUGUGAUGUUUCAAAUGCAAAGGACAUAGUGGAAGAGCUGUUGCAGUAUCUUAGCGCAGCAGAUUUUGCAAUGCGUGAGGAGCUGUCUCUUAAAGCUGCCAUUCUUGCCGAAAAGUUUGCUCCUGAUUUGUCUUGGUAUGUGGAUGUGAUACUUCAAUUGAUUGACAAGGCAGGGGAUUUUGUCAGUGAUGAUAUAUGGUUUCGUGUUGUGCAGUUUGUUACAAACAAUGAAGACCUACAGCCUUAUGCAGCAGCAAAAGCCAGAGAGUAUCUUGACAAGCCUGCCAUACAUGAGACCAUGGUCAAGGUCAGUGCAUAUCUCCUUGGAGAAUACAGCCACCUUUUGGCCAGAAGGCCUGGUUGUAGUCCAAAGGAAAUAUUUAGUGUCAUACACGAGAAGCUCCCUACUGUAUCAACUACAACCAUUCCAAUUCUUCUUUCCACAUAUGCUAAGAUCUUAAUGCACACUCAACCUGCGGACCCAGAACUACAAAAAAUUGUCUGGGCAAUAUUUAGCAAAUAUGAGAGUUGCAUUGAUGUUGAGAUACAACAACGAGCAGUUGAGUAUUUUGCAUUAAGUAGGAAGGGUGCAGCUCUAAUGGACAUUUUGGCUGAAAUGCCUAAAUUCCCUGAGCGUCAGUCUGCAUUGUUAAAAAAAGCUGAGGAUGCUGAAGUAGAUUCUGCAGAGCAAAGUGCUAUUAAGUUGCGGGCACAGCAGCAAAUGUCUAAUGCAUUGGUUGUAACAGACCAACGGCCUGCUAAUGGCGCACCUCAAAUUGUUGGCGAGCUUAGUCUAGUAAAAAUUCCCAGCAUGAGUGAUGAUCAUACUUCGGCAGACCAAGGAUUGUCCCAGGCAAAUGGGACUUUGACUACAGUAGAUCCUCAACCUGCUUCAGGAGAUCUCCUAGGUGAUCUCCUGGGUCCACUGGCUAUUGAAGGACCUCCUGGAGCUAUCCAAUCUGAGCCAAAUGCAGUUUCUGGACUGGAAGGGGUUCCAAGUUCAGCGGACUAUGCAGCCAUUGUUCCUGUAGGAGAGCAAACCAAUACUGUUCAGCCAAUUGGAAAUAUCAACGAAAGAUUUUAUGCUUUGUGCUUGAAGGAUAGUGGUGUUUUAUAUGAGGAUCCAAACAUUCAGAUUGGUAUUAAAGCAGAGUGGCGAGCGCAUCAAGGACGUCUUGUCCUUUUCUUGGGAAACAAAAACACUUCUCCACUUGUUUCUGUUCAGGCUCUGAUACUACCCCCUGUCCAUUUAAAAAUAGAGCUCUCCUUAGUACCUGAAACUAUUCCUCCACGGGCACAGGUGCAAUGCCCGCUUGAAUUAAUGAAUCUCCACCCAAGCAGGGAUGUCGCUGUUCUUGACUUCUCUUACAAGUUUGGUACAAACAUGGUCAAUGUCAAGCUUCGGCUUCCAGCUGUUCUAAACAAAUUUCUACAGCCUAUUUCAGUAUCUGCUGAAGAGUUUUUCCCACAAUGGAGAUCACUUUCAGGACCACCACUGAAGCUUCAAGAAGUAGUUAGAGGCGUUAGGCCAUUGCCUCUCAUUGAAAUGACAAAUCUAUUUAACAGUUUGAGGUUGACAGUUUGUCCGGGGCUUGAUCCAAACCCCAACAACCUGGUUGCAAGUACAACUUUCUACUCGGAGAGUACACGGCCCAUGCUUUGCUUGAUAAGAAUUGAAACAGACCCAGCAGAUCUAACGCAAUUGCGGAUGACGGUUGCCUCAGGGGACCCAACACUGACAUUAGAGCUCAAGGAGUUUAUCAAAGAACAAUUAGUUAGUAUUCCUACAGCAUCACGUCCACCUGCACCGGCACCAGCAGCAGCUCAGCCAACCAAUCCGGCAGCUUUGACAGAUCCCGGGGCUCUGCUGGCUGGUUUGCUGUAACAUAGAGGUGAUUGAUGCGUGAAGAUUUGUUCAAUAUACACUUGUAAACUUGAUUUAUACGGUUGGUCCACCCAUCUGUUCUCAAGAGGCGGAUCAGAAAUUCCACGAGCUGGGGCUGGCGGAAUCAAGGGUGAGCUAAUCUGCGAGCAGCUCAAGUAUUCGAAUUGAAUUUCCAUGGGAUGGUCGGGAUUUUGAGAUUCUCUUGCACUAUUGUAAUGUGCUUAGUGAGGUUUUUCUUUCUUUCAUUUCUAAAUAUAUUUUGGGGCGAGGGUUUCUUUGAUUUCUUUUUUCCGUUGAAAAAGUUUUACACUCCUUUCUCUUCCCAGUUUUACUGGAUUGGUCUCUGGAGCACAAAAAUUUGACAGCAUUGUAAGAUAUUUUACAUGAAGUAGAAACAGUUGUAAUAGUUUGUAUCUAAUUCUCAAUGCCUAAUUAUAUUUAUUCAACAAGAGUUAUAAACUGA